AUGGCAACCGAACAGUGGUUCGUGGGGCCGCUCGCCGCGGGCUCUGGGGAAACGCCGCCCCUGGACGACUUGGAAUCUGGGGCACAGCCCUGCGAAGACCCCUCGUGGUCGCCUCCCCCUGGCGGACCUGGGAACCCACCUGAGGCGGAGCCUGAGAAGGAUGUUCAAGGACAGCUGCCCCAGGCCCCCACCUCUACGCCUUCCCCGGAGCGUCCGGCCCCAGGCCCCCGGCCCACCCCUCCUCGCCUGCCAUGGGACACCAUGUUCAGCCCCAUCACCGAACAGCUCUGCUACCUGCUUAAGAAGGCAGAUGAUUUCCAGAGCUACUUGCUCUACAGCAGAGACCGAGUGCAGAAGGAACAGUUGGCAAAGGCCAUGCCCACCUUUUUGCAGAUGUGUGAGCCUUACUUCCUGUACCUGGAGGCAGCUGCUCGGAGUGUGCCCCCCGUCUAUGGAGCCCUGCAGGAGCUGAUCCGAAAGGGGCUGCUGGAGAUCUCCCAACAACUCACUCUUCGCCUGGAACAGCUGGUCCUAAUGUAUGCCUCUUUUGGGUUCGUGAACUUGGAGGAGACUGACCCCCUAAGCAUCUCCUGCUUCUUCUGCGGGAGGUUCUCCAUCAGUCCCUCCUAUGAGGUGUCCAUCUUCAGAUACUGUGCGCCUGCCGCCUACACCGCCAGCCGCUUCCCCCGAUACCUCUAUAAGAAGAUGCGCUGGAACCUGGAAACCACCCCAGAGGCCAGCAGCCGGGAGCAAGAUUCCCACGUGGAUUACUACUUCCUAUGCUAUCGAGAUACAUGGGAAGACACAGGCAAGAGUCCGGCCAAUUCCUGCCCCCAGAUUCAGAAGCUGUGGUCCAUCGGCCGAUGGGUGCCCCUAGGACCAGCCGAGGAUGACCUUUAUUCAUGGAUUUUGUGCCCGCAGCCGCCUGGGGACUACCAGCAGCUGCUGACCAUCGGCUUCGAGGAGCCGUCGCACAUGCUGGCCACCGACCUGCUGGUGCAGAUCCUCACGGGCCAGGAAGGCCCGGCUCGGCCCCCGAGUGCCGCGGGGCCCGCGGCGUGGGCCGCUCAGGAGUCUUGA